UCCAGCCCACCAAGAAAAAAAAAAAAUGGACCCAAACUAUGAGCAAACUAAUGGUCCCUGUUAAGCCGCAGGUGCAGUUCUGAGCCCCCGCCGACGGGAGCGAAGGCCGCGCAGCCACUCCACAGGCGGAGGCACAAACCUGCCCACGCACAGCGCCCUAGAGACCGAAUCCGCAGGCGCCUGCAAGUUGGGGAAGCAAUUAAAUGAGAAUGUAGCAAACAUGCAGGCUGCGAGGGGAGGCGUUCUCACCCCAGCAAGAGGGGUGGUCCUGGGGUCUUCAAAGGGCACCGGGUCCAGGCGUGCUGGUGGGCACACUUCAGGCCUGGGUGAGAAGGGCUUGGACACUUGGCGUCUCCCAGGGGCUGCUCAUAAAAGCAUCCCAAGCUGCUCUCCCAGGAGGGAGACGGGACGGAGCAGAGGCGGGGGGCAGGGCGCAGCCGGCCAUGCGCGCCGCCUCCAUCUUCCGUCCGACCCUGCUGCUCUGCUGGCUCGCCGCCCCCCGGCCAGCCCAGCCCGAGACGCUCUUCCACAGCCGGGACCGCUCAGACCUCGAGCCGUCCCCGCUGCGCCGCGCCAAGCCCAUCGCCGACCUCCCGGCGGCGCAGCGGUUCCUGUCCAAAUACGGCUGGGCCGAGGCGCCCCACGAGUCCCGGGCUCCCAGCCCCGAGGGCUCCCCGCGCGCCGCCCUGGCCGAGGCCGUGCGCAGGUUCCAGAAGGUCAACGCGCUGCCGACCAGCGGGGAGCUGGACGCGGCCACCCUGGCGGCCAUGAACCGGCCGCGCUGCGGCCUCCCCGACACGCGGCCCCCGCUGCAGGCGGUGGGCCCCGCGCCCGGGACCCCCACGACCCCCGCGGCCCGGCGCCCGAGGGCUCGCGCCAAGCGGUUCCUGCAGGCGCUGCUCCCCGAGGAUCCCCCGCCUGCUGGGGGCCCCCGGGCCUUCUCCAAAAAGACCCUGACCUGGAGGCUGCUGGGGGAGGGCGUCAGCAGCCAGCUGGCCCUGGACGAGCAGAGAUACAUCUUCAGACUGGCCUUCAGGAUGUGGAGCGAGGUGAUGCCGCUGGACUUCCAGGAGGACCUCACCGCCCCCGGAGCCACGGUUGACAUAAAGCUGGGUUUUGGCCGAGGCCGGCACCUGGGCUGUCCUUGGGUUUUCGAUGGCAGUGGACAGGAGUUUGCACAUGCCUGGCGCCUGGGCGACAUUCACUUUGAUGAUGACGAGCACUUCACACCUCCCACCAGUGACUCGGGCCUCAGCCUUCUCAAAGUGGCCGUCCAUGAAAUUGGCCAUGUACUUGGCUUGCCUCACACCUACAGGACAGGAUCCAUAAUGCAGCCAAAUUACACCCCCCAGGAGCCUGUGUUUGAGUUGGACUGGUCAGACAGAAAAGCAAUUCAGAAACUGUAUGGUUCAUGUGAAGGAUCAUUUGAUACUGUGUUUGAUUGGAUUCGCAAAGAGAGAAACCAAUAUGGAGAAGUGAUGGUGAGAUUCAGCACGUAUUUUUUCCGCAACAGCUGGUACUGGCUUUAUGAAAAUCGAAACAACCGGACUCGCUAUGGGGACCCUAUCCAAAUCCUCGUUGGCUGGCAUGGAAUCCCAACACAAAACAUAGAUGCUUUUGUCCACAUCUGGACGUGGAGAAGAGAUGAACGUUAUUUUUUUAAAGGAAAUCAAUACUGGAGAUACGACAGUGACAACGAUCAGGCCCACACGGAAGAUGAACAAGGAAAAAGCUACCCCAAAUUGAUUUCAGAAGGAUUUCCUGGCGUCCCAAGUCCCCUGGACACUGCCUUUUACGACCGAAGAAAGCAGUUCAUUUACUUCUUCCAAGAGUCCUUUGUGUUUGCAUUUGAUGUCAAUAGAAAUCAAGUACUUGAUUCUUAUCCAAGGAAGAUUACGCAAGUUUUUCCAGGAAUAGAGCCACAAAACCAUCCUUUCAGAAAUAUAGAUUCAGCUUACUUCUCCUACACGCACAACUCCGUUUUCUUUUUCAAAGGCAAAGCAUACUGGAAAGUCGUUAAUGACAAGGACAGACAGCAGCACCCCUGGCUUCCUUCAAAUGGCCUAUUUCCAAAGCAGUCCAUCUCAGAGAAGUGGUUUGACGUUUGUGACGUCCAUGCCUCCACCCUGAACAUGUAAUGAGGAAAACAGGCAAAUGGAGAGACUCAAAGGAUUUCUCUUCUAAGACAAAGUCUGAUUUCUUUUACAAAGAAAACCAACCAGAUUUUUAGUAACCAAAGCGAAGAGGGCUCCCUAACUUAAAACCCCAUGGAAAAAACAAUACUUGAACUUUUAAAAUACUGAUUUAACAGUCAAUUGCUCAGUCAAAAAAAUAAUUCACUAAAUAAUUUUUACAAAUUUUUUAGGAAAGGUUAAAAAAAAAAAGGAAU